AUGCCCUUGAUGCCACCCUCGACCUCCCGGAAGCUCCCAGAUUUCAAAAAAUCAGUGAAGCUCAAAUAUGUGAAGCUUGGGUACCAUUACCUCAUCACCCAUGGCAUGUACCUUUUUUUAUCCCCAUUGCUUGUGAUAAUCGUGGCCCAGCUCUCGACCUUCUCCCUCGAGGACCUCCACGUCUUGUGGGACCAUCUCCGAUUUAACCUCAUAUCCGUCAUUGUCUGCUCCGCCCUUUUGGUCUUUCUCUCAACAGUCUACUUCCUAACACGGCCAAGGCCUGUUUACCUAGUCAACUUCUCCUGCUACAAGCCCGAUCCAGACCGCAAAUGCAGCCGUCAAAUCUUCAUGGAGAGGUCCAAGCUCACGGGCUCGUUCACGGACGAGAACCUCGAGUUCCAGCGCAAGAUCCUAGAGCGAUCGGGCCUGGGAGAGUCCACAUACCUUCCUGAUGCUGUCCUCCGAGUCCCGCCCAAUCCGUGCAUGGCCGAGGCACGGAAAGAGGCGGAGGCUGUCAUGUUUGGUGCCAUAGACGAACUUCUCGCUAAAACUUCAUUGAAGCCAAAAGAUAUCGGGAUCUUGAUUGUUAACUGCAGUCUUUUCAACCCGACACCUUCUUUGUCGGCUAUGGUUAUUAAUCAUUACAAGCUGAGGGGCAAUAUAAUUAGCUACAAUCUCGGGGGUAUGGGGUGUAGCGCGGGCUUGAUAUCCAUCGACCUUGCCAAGGAUCUUUUGCAGGUGCACCCAAAUACUUAUGCUCUGGUCAUCAGCAUGGAGAACAUCACGCUGAAUUGGUAUUUCGGUAAUGAGAGGUCGAUGCUCGUCUCGAACUGUCUUUUCCGAAUGGGGGGUGCAGCCAUUUUGCUGUCGAACAAGAGGUCAGAUUACUGGAGGGCCAAAUAUCGGCUGGUCCACACUGUUCGGACCCAUAAAGGCUCGGACGAUAAGUGCUUCUCGUGUGUGACGCAGUUGGAAGAUCCGAACGGGAAAAUUGGGGUUUCUUUGUCUAAGGACCUGAUGGCAGUCGCUGGGGAUGCUCUAAAGACGAACAUCACCACUUUAGGCCCGCUCGUCCUGCCUAUGUCCGAGCAGCUGCUGUUUUUCGCGACUUUGGUUGGGAAAAAGCUGCUGAAAAUGAAGCUCAAGCCUUAUAUACCAGAUUUUAAGCUGGCUUUUGAGCACUUCUGCAUUCACGCUGGGGGGCGGGCCGUGCUGGACGAGCUGGAGAAAAACCUGCAGCUUUCGGAUUGGCACAUGGAGCCCUCGAGGAUGACACUGUACAGAUUCGGUAACACGUCGAGCAGCUCCUUGUGGUAUGAGCUGGCGUAUUCGGAAGCCAAGGGGAGGAUCAAGAGAGGGGAUCGGACCUGGCAGAUUGCGUUCGGGUCGGGCUUCAAGUGCAACAGUGCUGUAUGGAAAGCGCUCAGGACUAUAAACCCAGCAAAGGAGAAGAGCCCAUGGAUGGAUGAGAUUGAUCAGUUCCCUGUGGAGGUACCUAAGGUGGCAGCUAUUUGA